AAUUAGUAAUGAUGGUAGUAAUUGAUGGUAUGUGAUGGUAUGAUGGCUCAUACUCUUACAUGGGUGUAUACACAAUCUGGUGCCACUUGAAAUUUUUAAAAUUUCCCCUGCUGUAAAAUCUAGAAAAAAUCUCCAGCAAAAUACCUUGUUCAUACAUAAAACAAUGGUAAGUAUCAAAUAUAACUUUAACAUGAAAGUUUGUGAUUUAGACCCUCUGAUUUGCAGGUGGGACAGGUAUGGUGCCACGUGAGUUUGAUUAUUUUGUCUGUACUGUAAUAAAGCAAGACUGGUUUGACUUGGGCAGCUCAUAAUCUACAACAAAAUGUUUCAUUGUUUUUUGGUAAAAAAAAACUAAAAGGGGUAGAGAAAGUUAAAGCAUGGAGUGAUAAUUGAAAUAAUGUAAUUCAUUUAUAGUUUUGAUUGGAGGGGGGAAUGUGGGGAGGGGCAGCUUCCACUGCAGUACCACAAAACUCCAGGCAGGUUCUUGGGAACAGUACCUCAUUGGUGGGGAAGAUGCAGUGUUGUGGAGAACUAAUGUUACAACCAUUUAUAUCAGUAAUUCUUUGGGGCAUGUAGAAGAAGCAGAAUAAGAGGAGAGUCAGGCACACACAGACUGAGUGAUUACCCAUGGGUGGCUGUGGAGUUUGCUGGAGCUGAGUCUUCUGGAGCCCCAGGCUGAUACUUGCAUCACAAAAAUUUUGGUCAGGUGAAGGCUUUCAAGUUACUGAAGCAACAUUUGCUUAGUGGUUAAUUACAGUGGCUCAUUAGUGGAUAAUCCACGGUAGCUUAUUCUUUUGUUGCUAUUAUGACAUAAUUGGGUCUUUUUAGAGGACUUGGGGUCAGUAAGAACACAGUAUGCACAUCUGAGUUUGGGAAAACACUGGUUCUGUGGCAUUUUGCAUUUUCUGUCCAGAAGACAUUGUGAAAAAGAAUGCUACUUGCAGUUCCUUCAUUUCUGAAGGAUAUAAACUAGAUUGGGAGUGAGAAACUGAUUUACCUCUCUUGAUUAUUUUUCUUCAUAUUAAAACUUGGAAUAAAAGUGUUAGGCAUCUCUUAAGACAGCACCUGUGCUGAAUGUACCAAAUUCUAGUGUCUGUGAGGAACAGUCUUACAUAAGAGGCUGUAACAGAGACACUUAAUACCUUUUUCUAUUUUUACUCUUGAAAUUUUGCACUGCUCCCACUAAUCUGAACAGCUAUUUUUGUAUUAUACUGCUUCAUGGUGAGCUUCACAAAUUCAGUUGUUUGGGGUUUUGUCUAACCUUUUAUAUAUCUACUAUAAGCAGCAAUGCUUUUCAGGUGCACCCAGCUUUUACAUUGCUUCCUUUAAAAGUACUUGAGCAAUUCUUUUGCUUCUUUUGUUGUAACCAAAAACCCUCCAGUUUCUAAUUGUCCUUGGCAAUUUCAGCUGCUGGCCAUUUUCCUGUAUCUCACCACUAGGCUUGUAUUAGGUGUUUGAAUGCAUUCUGUGACAUGCUGGUAUUGAGGAUCACUCCAUUAAUAGUUCGUGUGUGUAACCACAGGGACCAGCACUGUUCUUUCUGAGUUGUUGGGUUUGUACCAUCCCAUGAUGCUGUUGCUGGGGGGUAAGGAAAACUGUCCUGGUGUGGAGCACACUGGUUAAGAACAUUGCUGCAGAGACCUGUGUGUGAUUGCGUGGUGAGGAGAGAAUUAAACAAAAGCUGACUAGCUGUUCCACCCUCCUAAGUCGGAUUUACAGGAUUUAAGCAGAUCUGCUGGAAUUCCUUGGUCUUAUUCCUGUACCUUACAGUUUGACUACUAUACCAGCUCUGGGUGUGAUUGCUGUUAACUACUCCUUUUAGGCUUUCACUGUGGAUGUAGCAUUAAUAUUUCAGCUGGUCCUGAUGAACAGUUGUCCUCCUAGUUCAAGAGAAAUAGGUUGUAAUUCCAGAGAGCCAGGGAGAUUUUAGAAGAUGACAUUUCUUGUUGAGAAGGGUCAAUACAGGAAAAUUGGGCAAAAUCAAGACAGACUAUAGGGAAUCACAGACUUCCUGUAAUAGAACUAUGCAUAUGUCAUGGUGAGAAGGUGACAACUGUUAAAUAGCAGAUUUAGAUAUUUACAACUACUUCAAAUUUGCCCAUACAAGAAAGUUCAGGAUGUUUUACGUUACCUCUAGAUACAUUACUGAUCUAAACUGCAGUAGUUAUAUUGGUAUAAUUCCCUUUUAGGUCUUCCUCUCCACCAUGGAGAGUAGUCAUGAUAAGCUUUUGAGAAUUUGGGAUCCACCUCUCUCAAGGAAUGUCAUUACGAGAAAAACAAGGGGAGUCUUGGUAAGAAGGAAAUAGAUCCAAAACAGGACCUGCCAGAGAGGAGACAACUGCAAAACGCACUGUGUCUUCCCAGGUCAUCAUUCUUCCAGAAACUGAAUACAGGCUUGGACUUCUAUUGCUUUUGGUGUACUGCUCUGUAUUUCCUUUAAAAUUACUUUAUCUAUUAAAUCACUUUAUUUAGGAAAACUUUGCCUUGACAGGGAGGCAACUUAGAAGGUACCAUGAGAAAAAUCCAGUGCAGACUUCUGCUUGAGGUGUGAAACCCUGUGCGUCAGAGGCCUGAACAGGGAGUGUCUCAUGGGAUGGAGUUCUAAAUGAGCAUCAACAACCUCUACUCCUCUGCGUUAAUGCUGCCUGAGAGUUAUAGUGUGAUGCAGCAUCUAAGCUAUUUCCAUCCCCUGCUGCCCUGAUCGUCUGCCUCCCUGACUAUGAGGAUAUAGGAGAUUUGCUCCUGAUUAACUGAGUGUAAUUCUUGGCCAAAUCCACUCCAGAAACAGCUUCUUUUUCUCAUUAGUGGCUCCUGUAAAAGAUCCAGCAUGGAGGGAAAUUUCCUUGCCUUUGAUGAGUGACUGAGGAUGAGGCAACACAAAACUGUCACAUGAAAGAAGAAUCAAUGAGAAGAGAUGAGGAGAAGAACGGGAAAGUGAAAUUCUAAGAUGCUGCGGGGAACUUUGAUCCCUUUCCUCACAUCCCUUUCCCUGCGUAGCAAUGGAAAAGGCACCCCGCUCCCUCCGGUGCGGAGCGGCUAGCGUGCGAAAGCAGACCCUGGCAGCUGAACCAGAAUGUGAUGCUUAAAGGACCUUCUGCUCACUUUGUACACGAGGGAUGGAAAUCUCCAAAAUACUCGGGCUCCUGGUAGAGCUCUCAAGUCUGCUAUCCUGUCUCAGAUGUGUGGAGGCUUUCCUGGGAUCCAAGCCCAACCAAAACCAUUUGCAGAGUGCAGCACCCAGCGUGUGUCCUGUGGGACCUCUUGGCUACUACAACGGCUCACUGGCGGUCACCGAGGCCGGGGCAGAGUGUCUCAACUGGGCAGAGUUCCCUGACUAUGUCCAGCAGUACCCAGAGCGUGGCCUGGGGGACCACAAUUUCUGCAGGAACCCAGACGGGGGAACGACGCCCUGGUGCUUCUACAGGCUUGUGUCAGGGGCCAUUGGCUGGGCCAACUGUGACUGUAACCAAGGUGCUGUGCGGUUGGCUGAAGACAGUAGUGUGGAGCUGUAUUUCAAUGGACUCUGGGGUAUCAUCUGUGCUGACCACUGGACUGACUGGGAUGCCAGUGUUGUCUGCAGGCAACUAGGUCUCAGUGAGAUCGGCACAGCUGGCAAGAAGAGUCAUUCUGGACCGUGGCCUGUUCCCCUGCACCUGCAGUCAGCAAACUGCCAUGGAGAUGAGGAAGCCCUGCUGCAGUGUGGCUAUCAGGAAGCUCUGUCAGGACCUUGUAACCAGGGGAGUGCCGUGGUAACUUGUGUUCCUCCAGAAGGUGUAGGUGCCCCACUUCGUAUAGUUGGGGGCAAGGAGAGCUUUGAAGGGCGAGUGGAGGUUUACCAUGAUGGCAAGUGGGGAACCAUCUGUGAUGAUCAGUGGGACGACCGGGAUGCUGAAGUAGUCUGUAGACAGCUGGGACUCAGUGGGACCCCAAAAGCCUUGUCAUGGGCUCACUACGGGCAGGGAUCUGGCCCAAUCCUGCUGGAUGAAGUGCAGUGCUCAGGGAAUGAACUCUCCCUUGAUCAGUGCAAGAAGAGUGACUGGGGACAGCAAAACUGUGACCACAUUGAAGACGCCGGGGUCUCCUGUGACCCUUUCACAGAGGGCACGCUCCGGCUGGCCGGUGGCCGCAGCCCCAGCGAAGGCAGGGUGGAAGUUUACUACAACGGAGACUGGGGCACAGUGUGUGAUGAUGGCUGGACAGAUCUCGCUGCCCAAGUGGUCUGCAGGCAGCUGGGCUUCAGUGGUCCUGCUGCCCUGGCCUCUGAAGGAGAGUAUGGUGCUGGCCAAGGCUUCAUCUUACUGGAUGAUGUGGCAUGUGUGGGGACAGAGCUGACUCUCCUGGACUGUCCCCACAGCAACUGGGGGCAGCAUGACUGCUCCCAUGCUGAGGAUCUGGGAGUCCGCUGUUCCCCAGAAAGCAACACGGUCAUGGAUGGCAGCCUGGGGCCUCCUGUGCGGCUGGUGGAUGGAGAAAGCACCAAGGAGGGCCGGGUUGAGGUCCUGCUGAAUGGGCAGUGGGGUAGUGUCUGUGAUGAUGACUGGACAGACAGAGAUGCUGCAGUGGUUUGCAGGCAGCUGGGAUUCAGUGGGACAGCAAAAGCCAGGGCAAUGGCUUAUUUUGGCGAAGGCCAUGGGCCCAUCCAUCUGGACAACAUAGAAUGCAGUGGCAUGGAGGACAGCCUGGGGCAAUGUGCCAUGCCUGACACCAGGAUUCACAGCUGCUGGCACAGUGAGGAUGCUGGGGUGAUCUGUGACUAUGUGGAAGAAAAGGUCCAAGAUUUCAAGAGAACAGGUCCAGAGUCUGGAGUGUGUGGGAUGCGCCUGCUUCACCGUCGCAAGAAAAGGAUCAUAGGUGGAAACAAGUCUCUGAGAGGCAGUUGGCCAUGGCAAGCCUCACUGCGGCUGAAGGGUUUUCGUCGAGAUACUCGUCUGCUGUGUGGAGCAACGCUGAUCAGCAGCUGCUGGGUGGUGACUGCAGCCCACUGCUUCAAAAGGUUUGGUGUUGAUGUGCGGCGCUACCUCCUGCGUGUGGGCGAUUACCACACAGGUGUGAAGGAUGAGUUUGAGAGGGAGCUGCCCGUGGAGCGGAUUGUCCUGCACAGGAACUACUGGGCUGGCAGCAAUGACAAUGACAUAGCCCUGGUCCGGAUGCGGGGCAGAGAAGGGCACUGUCUCUCCUUCAAUCACCACGUUCUGCCCGUCUGCCUGCCUGACAGGAGAGAGAGGUCUGACAUCAACAGGCAAGCCUGCAUCAUCUCUGGCUGGGGAGACACAGGGAAGUCCUAUUCCAGAACCCUGCUGCAGGGGGUGGUGCCCCUUCUCCCACGGGAAGACUGUGAGGCCCGUUACGGGCAGAAGUUCACCAACCGCAUGAUUUGUGCUGGGAACCUCUCUGAAGACAAACGGGUGGACAGCUGUCAGGGUGACAGUGGAGGGCCACUCAUGUGUCAGAGAUCAAAUGGACGCUGGAUCAUCUUGGGCAUCACUUCCUGGGGGUAUGGCUGUGGUCGGAAGGAUUCGCCCGGUGUGUACACAAAGGUCAGCAAAUUCGUACCCUGGAUCAAGAAAGUGACCAAGCUAAAAUGAAAAUGACUGAGCUCUUGGAAUUUCAGCACAUGGUCCUUUUGCUCUGCAGCAGCAGAAGGCUGUGGCUUCUGGUCUGUGACUGAUGGAGAUUUAUUUUGACAUUGGACACUGGCAAAAGAUUUUAAUGUAGAACUGGAAGGAAAACAGUUAUGACUGAUUCUCUAAAGUCUUUGGUUUCACUUUAGUCUGUAAUCUGUAAGCAGAGAAAGCAGGUGCACAGUGGUCACAAUGAUCAGUAUACGUUGCUUUAAAUAUCUGAAUCCUUUAAUGCAAUCACACUUAUUCCUUUGCCCUGGCACACAGAAAUGGUAGAAGUAGAGCGAUACCUAUUGCUGCAAAUCUAUUCAUGGUUGUGUGUUUGGACUGUUGGAACACGCUGCAAGGAGAGGCGAGAUGCUUGGAAGACAGCACCACAUGUUGGCAUAGUGGAAAUCUUCAGAUUAUUUUUUUUUUCAUAACAGCUCUCUUCAGUUCCAGGAAUCAGAAGAUUUGACCCGAGUUGAGGAACAGGCCAACAGUUGGGUUUUUUAGCUUCCCUGAUAUGUCUCUAGGGGGAACCUUUUCUCUUCUGAAUAGUAGGUCUGCUCCCAUAGGAUCCCUUUCAAGUGUCUGCCUAGGCUAAGAGAUGCUUGUCCCUCCUGCUGCAAUCCUUUGUCACACAUUUCCAGCUGCCAGAUGCUGUGGUUUUAUUGCUGCUUUUUUGCUAUAGUAGUUUGUGUGUGUGGUUGGGCUUUUUUUUGUUUCCCCUAAGUAGCAUCUUCUAGAAUCAGUUGUCGGUGUGAGAGGCAGGAGCUUUCUUGCCCUCAUGAUUACUAUGGAGAACUUAAAAGACUGACCUCAAGUGGCUGAAUAGACAUAUCAUUUUUCUUAAAACCAAAUGUAAUGUUAAUCUCAAACAUUCAGGCAUUGAAUCAUGAUUUAAUAGCACUGUGGGAACUUCCUACAUCGUCCCCUAUUCAUCAUAGUUAUUAGCUGCCCUUUGUUUGUGCUGCUAGUCUAGUAUUUCUGUGUUCACAGUUUUCCAUGAAACAUGGAAUUACUCCCGAGGUAUAGAUACACCUCAAGCAAAUUACUCAUUCCUUGUGAAAAACAGUAAGUGUGCUGCAAAGCAGCUUCCCACUUUGAAGUGUGUCCUAUUCUUGAAACCUCUGGGUCAUGCUUCCUUUUUUCUCUUCUUUGCACUUUUUGUCCUUUCAUUCCUCUCAGUGGGAGUAAACUGGGUUAACUUGAGGGUAUGCAAGCACUAUCAUCAAGCUGUAGUUCUCAGCCUGAACAGAUACAAUGCUGAGAGAAAGCAGGGAUUAUUGAAUAUUACAAUUUCUUCCUUCUGUCUCAUCCAAACAAAUGAACAGAGUUCCCUCUUAUGCCUUAAGCACUUUUAAAAUUUAAUAUAUUAUUCUUGAGUAAUAAAAAAAUAUAAGUAGACAGAAGGGCUAAGUGCCUUAAUAGCUGUGCAGUGCAGCAUCUUCUCACUGUGUACAGAUAAGGCAGAGAGGAGACAGGUCUGUGCAGGAAGAGGAGCAAAAAGCUUUGAUGUAUAACCAAGGGCUUGAAUGUGGAGGAUUAAUAUAGGAUGGGACACGUGGAACUUGUGCCAGAUGUGCAUGUGUUGGGUAGGCAGUAACUGGGUCAAGCACUGACCUUCUGUCUGGAAGGUCUGCACUCAGGGCAUUGAGGUGUUCAGUAUCUGGGUAUUACCAAUGCAAGAACAGAAGGCAGAGCACAGUCUGUGUAUUAGCAAUGUCAUAUUACAGGGCAUGUGGUGACAGAAUCCCAGAAAUUGCCCUGGGUUCAAGAAGUACUGAUUGCCUAAAGUUUUAAUUUUUCUUCUACAAAUUAGCUUAAUGCAGUGGUGCUGACCUGACUAGGUGGCUGAUUUUUGUGUGUGAAGGCUAAACUAAACCAUUUCAUUUACCUUUUCCAGGUAUUAUAGGAUAGUUGGACUACCAGUGUUGCAAUGGACUGCUCUAAAAUCCUGCUUGCAAACUUUAUUUCAAUGAACAAUUGUCAGAAUCUUUAAAACAUGCAAUGUCAGGACCCCUGCGAACUGGCCUUUGAGACAAACCUGAUCUGUUUGUGCCUCUUCUUGAGGUGCUGAAUGUCUUCAGCACAGCUUUGUGCUGAUAACCCUGUUUAAAAUGCCAGACUUGGUUCCUUGGCAGCACUGUGCUUGGCUCCACGUGGGCUGUGUUGUCCUAUGGCUCCUGGCAGAAUCUCUAAAAGGCAAGCUGCAGACUGCUCCUUAUCUCCCAGGCAUUAAAAUGCCAAGAGGACCAAGGGCAAUUAUUCACAGACCUUUCAUCUUGUGGGGGAUUAAAUGCCAAGUUCUGUGCUGGCAGGAGCAGUACCUGUCUGGGAAACAUGGAGGGAUUUGACUUUUACCUUCAGCUUCCCCUGAGCCAGCAUGGUACAGCAGCUCAGAUGGAGUUUCUGUGCCUUGGGUGCUGUCACAUCUCUAGUUUAACCUGGUUUGAUCUUUCAGUAACCCCAACAGGCAUAGAAACACCCAAAGGAUGACACUGUGAGGUGAUUUCCCUUAGCUUACUUAGCAAGUGGCCAUUCAGGAGUUAGCAUAAAUUACCAUGUAACACAAGUGAGAUGUGACCCUGGCAUUGUCUUCUGAAAUUCCCAUGUUCUAGUUAAAAAUAUUUCUUUCUCCUCGAUCUUGUCACUAUGAAAGCUGUGAGAAUCCUUCUAAUUAACACCCUUUGAGUCCUGCAUGAACCAGGAGGAGGGAAGGAAGUAUCCAAUCUCCUUUGCCUGCUUUUAUACCUUACUUGUGCUGUAGGCAAGCCUGUCAGUACUCUCCUACAUUGACCUGGCCUGUUUCAGGAUACAGCUGUUGCUCUUCACCCUCUAACCUGGGACUGUGGUCCAAACCAAACUCAUGUGCUUUGCCACUGAGGCUUACUGGAACUGCCUGGUUGGAUAAACAGCACUCAGUCACCCUAGGACUGUAUUUUGUAAUGUUGGACAGCAGCAGAUGUUUCAAAGGGUAGUAUGUGUGAGUUGUGCUGAACAAGUUUUAACAACCUUUCCUUCUGGGCAAUUUUGUUCUUGACCCAUUUAAAUUAAUUACUUGCAUUACUAUUAUCAUCAUUAAAAAUGGAAGUACAAAUACUUGAUCCUCCCGGUGCUGUACAAACACUGUGCACUAUUCUUUUGGUGUUCUUUUUUUUCCUACAGUGUAGGAGUUUAUAUCUCUAACUUUUAAAAACUAUUUAAUGUAACCACCCUUCAUCUUCCAUAUAAAUGUUUAAUUUUUUUUGUUUUAAUCUCAGCUUUCAAUCCCAGUAUUUUCUGGUAAUGAGAACCAUUAUAAUUUAAUUCUCCAUAGCACAUAAUUUCUUUUUAUGGUUCCUGAAUUAAUUGCCUUUUGUUUUCAUUAAGUACCAUCUGUCUUUGUGUUCUCAGCCAUGAGAGGAAAUAAGGGGCCUGGCUUUAUAUUCUCUGUUAUGCAUUAUUCUAGAGAUAGUUCCUUUCCUAAGACUGUGGCUUCUCUGUCUCUCUUCAAUCCAAACUGUCUAGGUGUCUGAUAAUAUGCUGACUGUCUCUGUGUGUCUUGUCUUUCUGAUGGAUCUCAAAACUUUGGUAAACAACUGAAUGCAGUUUGCCAGGGGAGGCUGUAUCCCCUGCUGAUUAUUUGAGUACAGUUUUUUAUAGCAGGCAAUUGUGUAAGUGAUUUCAGUGCUGUGUCUGUAUGCUGGAGCUAGUUUAAACUUGCUAGUGUGGUCUUGGUGGCAGCCUUGCUUCAAGGGGAUGAAAACCCACUGAGGUUAGCUCCCCAUGUGUCUCAGGUAGGUGCAGCAGUCCCACUGAGCUCACAGAAAUUGCUGUAGGUCUGUCUGGGGAGCUCU